GAGAGAGAGCUGCAACAACUCCACUUGCAGCACAGGGAGCGCAGCCGACCCACUCAGCUGCCUUGGCUCUCUGCAUGGACGUCAGGUUUUCUCCCACAGCGGCGAUGUGAGAGCCUUUAGAUGAUUGUCAACGGGGGGGAAACUGCUAGAACAACUCUCAGUGUAGUUUUUGGCUCGCGGGGAUGGAUGGGAUGCACGCAGCAAACGGUGGAGUUGGCGACAUGGGUGAAAACGCAGGGGAAAGGUACCGUGCGCUCGCUUAUGACACCGCUCUGAGCACUCUGGCGGCUAUCUUCGUGUACGUGGUGGUGAAAGUGAGCUUGGACGGCAUCAGGCAGUGGCGUGCGAGGAUCUCAGUGCUCAUCGUGGGGUCAGGUCCCGUGGGGCUGACGGCCGCGUUGGUCGCUGUCCGUUCCGGCAAGGUGCUGAAACUGACCGUGCUGGAUGAGAGAUACCGGACCGCGCUGCUCUGCCGGCCUCAGCAGAUCGCCCUCGACCCCCGCAGUGUCAAGUUCCUGUUGGGACUCGGGGUGGACUUCGAUAACAUGGAGGGCUGCUGGCACAAUGAGCAUUUCUUCACUCGAAUCGGCGUGUUUCAGGAGUACCUGCUGAGCAUCCUGGAGCAGAAGAAGCAGAAGGUGGAGGUCAAAGUGCAACUGGGGACCAAGGUAGAGUAAACUGGAUUAAAACCAUCAUAAACUGGCCUUUUUUUUCCUCUGAAGUUGAAGAUGUACACACCAAGUAAUCCUCACAAGCUGUAAACCCCAUUUUAUAUUCGACUUCACUGUUUAGGAAGAGCAGGGAUAGAAGUGAGAGAGAUUCAGAGCAGCACACUCAUCCUGAGUCUUUGUAGUCUGUCAAACCUGAUCCUCCCUCGGUGGCAGCAGUCAAAGCAAACAGGCUGGUGUGUUUCUCUUCUUCAGCAAGGGUCAGAUAGCUCUCAGCAGCGAUGGUGACAGAAAUGCCUGUUCCUGUGUCCAGUCAGAGGGCAGAGAGUUUCACCUACAGUCAGCCUGGCCAAGGCAGAUAUCCUCAUUGUACUUCCUCACUUCCCUGUUUACUAAUAAAGAGCUCUUCUUGGUCCUGUUGUUGCUCCACACAUGGGGCAGCUUGCAGUACCCUGAAACAGUGGUUCUCAACUGGUCUCUCUCUGGGACCCACAUUUUCCUAUGGUCCUUAAGUCACGACCAACUAUUCUAGAAUUCAAACCAAGCAAAUUAAUUUUAAUAUUUAAAAAAAACUUAAGAGACCUUAAUCUUUAACAUAAAUCCACAUGUUUUAUUGAGUAAAGUGCAUUUCAGAGCACAUGGAGGGGACAACAUGAGGACGACAACUACUGAAGUUGCAUAUACAGAAAAUAUCAAAUAUCUAAUAAAUAUAGCAUUAAAUAUUUACUUUUUUGACCAGCUGUUUGUGACCCAUCCAGAACGUGUCCACGACCCACUUUUGGGUCGGGAUCCACAAGUUGAGAACCACUACCCUAAAACACACACACACAAGAAAAACAAACAAAAAACCAUAUUUUUCCAUCAAAAUGGAUUUUCUCUUUGGUCAUUAUUAGAGAUUGCUUUCUGGCUCUCUGCAGAUGAACUUGCUCGUUUAUGGCAGGCAGAUUGCACGUAAUCUAUCUUCCAUUACUCCCAAAGCUUCUCCUCACACAACAUUGUGUAAUGUCAGAGUGAAAGCACGCUCAUCGGUUGAAAUAACUUGUUAUGUAAGCUGACCUCAAACCUGAGGAGGAUCCUGCCGACAGUUUUUAGGCCAGUGGUAAAAGACUGUAAAAAAACGAGUGCUGGUAAAUCCAAACAUUGCGUCAGUAGAAGUAAAAGUGAUUUCAAAAUUAGAUCCUGUUUUCAUUCAUAUGUUUUUUGUUGUGUAUUUCUACAUUGGGUUUUUACCCAGCCAACUGCAUCCUGACUGAAAAGUAACUAAAUCCUCAACGAUCUUUAUCACAGUUUGUUUGUUUCCAUUUUCUUUAGCAGUGAACUUGAUAGCAGAGUAUGGCGUGAGAACAAAUUUCCAGCCGGUCAUUAACUUAGGACAAAGAAAUAACCCAGUAACCUCAAACCUCAGACAGGAGCAGUUGGCACUCAUUGUGGGCAAACAAUUAUGAAAAGUUCACUGAAUAUUUGUGUCAUGGCUGUAGACCAAGAGAUGCAUUACAGCUCCACUGAGGUCAAACUACAGUGUCACUGUACAUGCUGUGACUGUACUUUCAUUAGGCCUCUAUUUUCACCAUUAACGCUCAUCAAACAAACAUAGCUGAAAGAUUUGUUGUCUUGCGUCAUGCUUGCCCUCCCUGACUCUGGCCUGAAGCGUCUUUUCUCCUUGGCUCUGAUGCCGGUCCUGUGAGUUGUGACUGGCCUCCUCCUGCUCUCAGUGACUCACCAACCUCUGGAGAACGGAGACAAGGUCAAGAGAGGUUUUGAUCACAGCUAACUUCAGUUUCAUCUCCAGUCCCUGCCAAGUCUGCCAUUUCCUCUUGAUUAGACGGCACAUUAUGUUUGAUGAGGAAUUGUUUUAAGCCUGUCUGUGCUUCAAAUGUCUGAGAGUGCAAAGGGAUUUUUAAAGUUACCUCUUCUCUGCUGUCUAAACGGAUUUGAGAUAGAUCUCAUCAGCUUUGAGCCAGCAUAGCCCAUAUUUAUAUUCUGCCUUUUUGCCUUGCAGUGUUUUCUCUCCUCUUUUUUUCCAUGCAGCCUGGCACCUUGUGUUCUGCAGCAGAAUUACACACACCUGAGCAGUGAUUAAUCUUUUUAAAGAAAGCACAUUUUCAGUCAUUUAAGAGGCUGCUUUUGAUUUACUACUACGCCAUUGUCUAUCAUGGAAAGAAAUUGUGCAGGAUAGGAUUGAUUUCUCUGACACAGCUGUUGCGCGAUCAUGUAAAAAUGUCAACAGUGGAAAGCAUUUAAAUUCAAAAUUAAUAUAAAAAUAUCCUUUUGGAAUGGGUGAAAUGUUAAAAUAGUGCUGAGAUAAUGGACAGUGGAUUGGUCUGUAUUUAUUUCCAGUAAUGAUCCUUUUAAAGAUCAGCAUAUGUAGUGGGAGCGUCUAUGAUUUAAGUGUGAGUGUAUUCUUAAAGGCUAAUUUCCAAGAGUAAGGAUGAUUAUGCUCAUGUUGUCUUCGAACAAGACCACCAUAGAGAGCCACCUUUCUAUGGCAAACAUCUGUCUGCAGUUUUUGACACAUGACGACUGAUGAACGAGGAGUUUUAAGAUUUCUUUUAGUCUGAGUUGCCUGUAAAAAGUCUUUUAAAAUCACAAGGGACAUAUCCAGCUAACAUGUAUUAUCUCAAAAGGAGUUUCCCACUGAGUAAUAGACAGCUAUGAGACAUCUAGUUCUUUCUUAGACCUCAUUUCAACUCUGUAUAUCUUUAGACGGGAUUCAGACGUUGCACUUUAACCCAUUAUUCGUGAACUAUUUAUUUCCAAAAAGCAACUGUGAGUUGCACAACUGAUCUCCAAGUACUUAAUCAAAAUAAUUAUAAAAGCCGUUGAACAAUAUACAGUGUAGUAUAGAUAUAGCCCAGAUCUAGACUUGGUCUAAACUUGGUCUAAAUUUAGGUGUCUAAAAAAACUUUCAUUUUUAGACCUGUGGUAGCCUGAUUUUAGACCAGUCGUCUAGGCUACAUUUAGACAUCUAUUAGACCUCUUUUAGACCAAAAAAUGCUCAGUGGGAUUAAACCAAUUUGCAGUGAAUUUAUCAUGAAUGUCAAAGAUAUAACCACAACCCUUAUUGUCUGAGGGUCUUGACAGUCUUUGGAUUGAACACUUAUUUUAAAAACUCAUCCUCUGCCACAGCUUAAAUACAGAAAAAGUAUGAGUUCUUUCACUGUCCAUGUGUUUGGUUCCUCCUCCCUACAGUAACCUGAUGUUUAUAUGAUUCUUUAAAAAAUCUGAACAACUCACUCAACAGGUUUCCUUGUUCUUUUGUCGGUGUGUGUUUGUUGUAUCUGUUGCUCCAGUUCACAGAGGAGUACCUGCGGAGGAUCCCUCACAAUCACUGGCCUCGUGUGAUCGUGGUGGCUGACGGGUCUUGUGGAGACUCCUGCUCGGUGCUGGGCAUCAGCUCUGAUUACACCGUAGAGUCUUGUCAUGCUUAUGGAGCCAAUGCUGCAAUAGAGAGGCUGGACCAGAGACAGGUCAGAACACACACUUGCACACACACACACACACACACCCGAACAUCCACAUACUGAUGGAAACAUUCACACAUGCUCACACGCUGAGGCAAAUAAGCAACAGGUGCGUAUUUGUGUAAAGAAUGAAGGCUGUAGAAACAGGAUAUUACAGGAUAUCAGAGUGAGGGCGACUUUAUUUGGACUCAUAAAGCCUGUUUGAGCAAACAAGGAUGUAAAUCUGCCAAUAGCAGUUGAACACAGUAUCUGACUCUCGAAUAAACAAGCAGAUCCGAGCAGACUGUUGGCUCAUAUUAACAUCAACAGUGCGCCCGUUUUGAUUUACUCGUCCAGUCUGAUAAGAACGGCUGUUGUUCUGAUGGAUUUGGGUGACUGAGGAUGACAAAGCUUGAGAUAUGUUUGGCCUGACUCCUUAUCUCUCAUCUGCCGGGCGAAAACAAAUCAAGAUACGAAAACAUCAGAGCCAAUGUUUCUCUUGCAGUGCACCAAAGGUCACCUGACGUUAUAUAAGCAGAUGGUUCCUCGAAAGAUGACUCAGUGAUGCUAUCAAGAAGACAGAAUACAUGAAUCAAGAGCACCUUGAGUAAGCACUUACAAAAAUAGCUCAUUUUUUCUGCCCAUUUAAUUAUAGACGCUGCAAAUAAAGAAAUGAGGUGUUUAUAUUUUUGGGUGUGCUUUUAGAGUCAAAAUGCGGAGAAAUUACAGAUCACUCGAAAUUGUGUUAAAAAUUGUAACAAUAAUAGCCAAGAGGUUGUUUGUAUGUCUUUAAUGACAGACAAUGACGAACUUUAGAAUCAGAGGAUUGUGUAAUAGAGGAAAGUUCCCCAGUAUGAGGUGACAGAAACAUUAUGGGCUAUUAUUAACUUAAUACGUGAACAUGAGUCAGUCUUCCUACUUUAUACUAACAUAAUUAUUCCCAUCACGUUCUCUUUAGUGGCCAUGGUCUUCUUUUUAUUGCCUGCUUUUCUUCCCGGCUGUUUCCUGUAGUGAUUGAAUUUACCUCCCAGGAUAUGACCUGCUCAGCCCCAGCGUCUCCUCCCCUCCCCUCACAGUUGCAGCUCUGAGCCCUCACUGUCUCCCUCAGCUGCACUAACCGCUGUCUGAGCCCUCUGGGCUGGUUUAUGUCAUUGAGAAGAAAAUUGAUCAAUUCUGGCUUUAGGGGAAAUGUGGAGCCAAUGUCCAAUUGAACAAGAGAAAGAAAUUAAGAUUUUCUUCUUCAAGUGAUGACCAUUCAAAUGCAGAUUAGAGAUGUAGGUGAUACUCUGUGUGUUUGUUUUUAUUUUUUAUUGUUGUUAGUGGUUUAUUUCUGUGUGUCAAAAUAUAGUGAGAACUCACAAACAAAAGUAGACUAAGAAAAUGGUGUAUUUGAUAGCUAUGGGGAAAUUAAUAAAAACAAAAACAACAAAAACAUCCAAAUAUUAGCCUUUAAGACUCACAGAGGAAGUUUUUUAAAGUGAUGGCUGCUUGGAGAAAAGCUCUCAGCGUUGGUCACUGUUUACAGGAAAAUAGAGAAAAGAAAAAAACACUAUUAUUAUACAAUGUCAAAAGUUUUCAGGCAAAACAAAGUUUAAAAAGUAGCUCACCAAUGUUUGAAUAACACAGUAUUUCCAUUAGAUCAGUUUCCCACCAAAAUCAGCGUUAGCGGUGUGUGGAUUCAAGCAGUCAUUUUCAUUUUAAUGUUACAGCGAAAGUAAUCUUUUCUGCAGUGUGAACCUACAUAAUCAUCUAUGUAGCACCUCUAAAAGCAAUCAUUCACAAAGUGCUUUGAUAUACAAGUAAAAACAUGCAUAAGAGUAAUGCAUAAGGACCGAAAAAUAGAAAAACCUAAUUUGUGCAGGGCUGGCAUGAAGUGUGCACAUUCUUGUAUGAAUAUAAUUUACUAAAAUUUAUUUACCAAACCUUUUUUAACUUAUUCAAUCUACUUUGACUUCUAACAUUUAAGUAUUAAGUACUGGAUUUUUUUAAGGACCCAAAAAGAUGUACUGUUUGUCCACAAUCACAUUUUACCUGAGCUUACUUUGAAAACUGCAACAAACUCCUGCACAGCUGGGACCCACUUACAGUAUGUUUUAAAACCAACCAGUAAAACUUUAAACGGUUUUUAAAACUCACCAGGAAGCCAGUGAUUUAAUCUGAAACUGUGUUUUGUGAUAUUGUAUGUUUCAAAGUGUAAGGAGCAGCUGUAUAUAUGUGAUGGUAAUAGUUGUGGUGGAAGUCAUAGUAAUCCUAGUCUGUUUACUGCCUCUAAUCAGAAGUGGUUUCACUCACUAUCCUUCUCUCUUAACUUCAGGUUCCCACUCCUGAAAUCCGAGCCCACAGCCUGUACUUUGACCUCUCUGCUUACGGAGUGGAGGCUCUGCGAGAGCACCGAAACCCGGCGUCCAAACCAGGUUUCCACCUGAAGAUCUACGGCACCUUCAGGAACCGCUACAUGGCUCUGGUCUGUCCAGCCUCUGAAACCAAGAUGGUCCGCUUCCUGAGGCACACGGCCAACUCUUCUGUGAGCAUCAGUUCUUCAUUAAACCUCUUUCAGGGGUUUGUUUUCCACCUAUUGUUGUUGAUAAGGCUUCCAGGUGUGAGGAAGAUGCUGCUGAGUUGAAUGGAAGGGAAAUGCACCUAAUAAUAACUCCUGUUCCUCACCUUUUAUCCAGCAAAUGGCCUUUCACUGCACUAUUAUUGGAGUCCAUUAGUGUCUGAAUUUGUAUGUGUGUAAAUCUCUGGAAGAGAGUGUUUGGCUGAGGGCAUCAGAAGAAGAAGUGUAUGUGUGUGUGUGUGUGUGUGUGUGUGUGUGUGUGGGGGGGGGGGGGGGGGUAGGAUUCACUCAAGUGUGUGUAGAGGCCAUCUGUAUCCUGCUUUCAUAUGUCAGUGAACAAACAGACAGCAGUUUUUUAAGAGAAAAUGGCUGUGGCUGCUCCAGUAACCGCUGGGCAGUAACUCUCUUUUAGUAAGAAACUUAAUUUUUUUUUAAUGUAAAGUCAUGGCUGACCCCACGCAGAAUACAGCGGAUUACACACAGGUACAUUGCAAGACCAUCCUUGGAGCGCUUGUUGCUAUGUGGGUGGCCAUUCAGAUGCACCGUUACUUGGUAACAGAUGACUGUGUAAGUACGGGUCGAAGGAGAGCAGAGCAAGCAGGCAGAGAGACGACAGAGGAAGAGGGAGCGAGAGAAACGUACGUCACUCAGUUCCCACUGUUAAUGAAGAAUCAAUGACUAAGAAAGGAAAUGAGUGGAAAUUUUUCCUCUUAAUGUCUGUUUUUGUCUCUUUUUGUGAUUUGUGGAACAGAUUAAAGAAGGGUUAUAAGAAAGACUUUUUCAUUGACUUUACCUAGAAUGGGGAUUUUUGUAAGAGAUUGUUUAUCCUGAAUAUCUAUGAAUUAAUUCCAUAAUUUUAUGUCCUUCACUCUAAGAAAAAAAAUACAAGUCACAGUUUGUCAAAGGCCCACUUACAGAAAUGAGGGAGGUUUUCAGACAUAUGAGCGAUUAGGCCGCUGCUGAUAUCUUCAUGCCCUCUGUGAUCUUUCUGUGUCAUGAGCUCAUCAAUGAUGUGUCAUUAUCCACCAUCAUACACUGUUGAAACCCAUUACACACUCUAAGUAGAACUUAUCAUUUUAUUACAAUCAAUAUUCAAGAGUUUUUUAGACCAUGGCUCAAGGCAAGCUUACCAUGUGAUCACAAAUUAAACCUUUGUAUACAAAAGGCUUCCAUAGCAUGUAAUGCAACUUGAAAUGUAUUGUUUUAUCUACAGGUUGGGAAGUUUGUACUGUUUUGAGUUGUUUAAAUGCUGUUUAUUGUGAAUUAGUUUUAUAGCUAACUCUAGUUUAGCAGCUGUGAUGUGCAUGGUCUCUGUCAAAUAAAUGAAAAAAAUCUGACUGAAUUAACAAAAAAAAUUUAGUCCAUUUUUUACAAACAAAGAAAAGUAAAACAUUGCAAAGUGGUAGCAUGCAUAACCACAGAACUCUUCCCCCUUAACCUCAAUCCAAACAUUGUAUUAUUGUUUUGUUUUGUUUUAUCUGUGGAUCUGUAUUUAUGUGAGAAAUGAUCAGAAAUAUCUUAAAUUAUCUACUUUUUAUGUCCAGAUCAUGAAGAACAUUUUUCACCAGUCCUUCAAUGCCUAUAAGACGGACAUCGAGCCCCGUCUCAGUGACGUGACGCGACAUCACAUGCAGUGCAGCCGCCGCCUAUUUGAGAUCCAGUUAUCACACAGACGCAUCAGUGCCGCCUACAUCGAUGGGGACAAUGUGGCGGUGACUGUGGAGGGGGAGGCAGCUCGUGUGCUCAAUUUUGACACAGGUACAUGUCUAUGAAAGCAGUUAUUGAAUCAAAGAGAAGGCCGGGGCAUGAUAAAUCAGAUUUUUUUUUUAACAUGCAAUAUGCUUUUUAAGGGGUGUGUAACUCUUCAUGGAUGUGCCUCCCUCAAUUUGAUUAAAGCCAUAAAACUGACUUAAAGUUAUCUGCAAGAUGAGGGUUGAUACCUUUUUAGAAUAAACACAUUUUGUGUGUCAUAUCAGGACACAUUUAAUACAUGUUGACUGUAAUUUUUUUCUUUGUUUUCUUCUCAAGGUUGUGGGGUGAAUCUGGGUAUGCGUGGUUUGGAGUCAAUGGGGACAUUUAUUUACCGCACAGCCACCGCUGUGGACCAGAACGACAUCCUGGAGGCUCUGUCAGCUAAAAUGCAGCACUCCAGGCAGGUGGCUGAGACCAUCAAGCAGACAGGCCUGGUUGAAUCCAUGUAUGAGUGAGACAGCGAGACAACCUGGUGAAAACGUGGUGGGUUGUUGGUGGUUACAUCGAAUGUUUACAAUGAACCAUGAGUCUGUUUGUGAAUGAGGCUGUAAUAGUUCAAUAUUGAACAGGACUGUAUGAGCUGCAACCAGAUUGAUGUAAACAUGUGACUUUAAGUCUUUCUGACAUACACUGAGCAGAUCUACUUGUGAUGGAUUGAUUGAAAAUGUUCAACAGUUUUACAAAAAGAAACCACAUUGGUUUGAAUUCCUUUCUGUAAGAUUGAGCUUGAGACCAGAAUUAAGAUAAUUUAAAUCUCUGCAGGGAAAGAAUAUACAUAAAUCUUAAGGUUAAGCUCACUGUGCUCUCUGGAUGCCGUAGUUCCUGAGGAAAUAAGACUGUGCUGCAGAAUCAUCAGCUACAGCCAGAAAUGUUAAAGCGUCCGAAAGUCUGUGUUGAUUUUACAGACACGCAUCUCUAAAGCUGAAAGCCUGAUAAAAUAAGGUCAGCUUUUAUCAAGCUUUCUGUCUUUGUGUUUGACUGAAAACUUUGUAACGAUUGUGACUCACUUGAAGUGUUUGCUGAAGUGUCUUACUUUUGUCCAGUGCUUUGUAAAAGAUUUUAUAUUUCGAAUAAGAAGGGUACGCCAUGUUUUGAGCCACUGAUUUGUUGAUUGUUAAUGUGUCAUGGCGUCAUUUUUUCACAAUCUUUUCAUGCUAAAUUAAAGGUUACCUGAAGCUAUGCCAACAUCACCCCUAACAUUGUAUCAGUCUAGAUUAAUGCUGUUUACUCUACAUAACAUCAUGUUGUUUAAGAGUCCAUUGAAAUGGUAAUUUGGUGUGAGGUAUGUGGAUCGUUUUUACAAGAUGCUGUCAGUUGUUUGUUGAUUUCAUGCUUUUUCACUGAAGGCAUAAGCCACUUGAAUUAAAAUGACGAUUCUGAUCUUGGCGGAUUUAA